UCUUGUGAUACCGGGAAAUUUUGGCAUGAAGGAUCAAACUUUGGCUCUCAAAUGGGUACAGCAAAAUAUUGCUUCGUUUGGUGGGGAUCCAAAGCGAGUGACAAUAAUUAGACAUAGUGCUGGUGGUGGUUCGACACACAUGCAUAUGUUGAGCAAACAUUCGGAGGGAUUAUUUCAAGCUGUUGUCUCGCUUAGUGGUUUGGCAACUAUACCCGCAGCCAUACAACGUGAUCCCUUAAGUUUGGCCCGGACUACAGCCGAAAAAUGCAAUAUACCCAAUGCCCAUAAUAUAAGCUCGAUGGAAUUAUUGCAAGGUUUCCAAUCGCUGGAUAUUGAGACCAUUUUUGCAGCUGUUGAACAAAUUGGAAAUGGUGUAAUUUAUACUCCCGUGGUGGAGAAUUUUAAUUCGAGCAAUGCUUUUUUUACCCAACAUCCUAGUAAUAUCUUGACCAAGGGCGAUUAUCGGCCAACACGUUUUAUGACCGGUAUUUUGCCAGAUGAUGGAGCUGUUAUGUCUAUACCCAUAUGGGAAUUUGAAAAUAUGCGAAAUUUGUUUAACAGUGAUUUUGAUAAUUUCUUGGAGUCAUCUCUACUAUUACCCACACAUUUCAAUCGUUCUCAUUUGAAUGGUGCCAUGGAAAGGAUCAUAGGGGAAUAUUUUAAUGGCAGACACGAGCUGAGUAAAAAGGGAAUUUUGAAUGUUUGUAAUGAUCAAAUGUUUAUCCAUCCCUUCUACGAUUUGGCGAGGACAUUUGUGCACACUGUAGACACCAAUGUUCACCCAUUGCAUUUGUAUGUGUUCAACUAUACUGGACCAUAUACCUAUGCAUCAGUUUUUAGUGGCAAUAUGUCCAAUUUGGAUUAUGGCGUUGUACAUAGUGAUGAGCUGAUGUAUUUGUUCCGAAUGCCUGCUAUUUUCCCUGAUUUUUCCAAAAACUCCACCGAUGCCAAAUUGAGUCAGACGUUGGUGAGACAUUUUGUAAAUUUUGCAGCAAACCGAAAUUCUUCACCUGAUCACAAUAUUCCCGCGUCCGGGUGCCCUCCCCACAUAGCAGUUGCUAUAUCAUUGAUGUCCUAUCAAGAUCUCUUUUCUUUGGCCUGAGUAUCUUUUCGACAAAAGUUGUCACAGCUUUCCAGCUAUCCUCUCUGCAUCACAUCUUCGUUGUUAGGUUUCCGACUAUUAUUUCAUCGAUCUGUUCUUCUAGUAGAGUCGGUGGUGACAGUGGAAGACCGUGUGCUCUGCAUCAUCUAUCACUUCUUUUUCUUCGUGGAUGCAGAAUGUUGAGCUGCAUUUUCCAAUUCUGUUUAGAUUCUUUUGGAAGUAUCUUGGGCAACCUAGAGUCAGCAUUCUUGAAAACGAUACUUAGACAUUGUGAUCCAAUAGGAACCGAAGAGGGAAGAUGUCUCCUAAUUCAUACCGUUGAACCCACCGGAUCGCUUUAAAAAGUCUUAUAGUUGGCGAAUGUUCAUGAUCUUGACUUCUUGAGCCUCUAGAGAGCGCAAUUCUUAUCCGAUUCGGCUGAUAUUUUGUAUGAGGCGUUUUGUUAUGACUUCCAACUGACAACUGUGCUAAGUAUGGUUCAAGAGGGUCAUUACUUAUAUAGCUCCCACAUAAACCGAUCUCGGAUCUUGACUUCUUGAGGCGCUAGAGAGCGCAAUUAUUAUCCGAUUUGGCUGGAAUUUUUCAUGUUUUGAUGUGCAACAACUAUGCCAGGCAACUUCUAAAUCGGUUUAUAGCCAGAUAUAGCUCCCAUAUAAACUGAAUGUUUUGACUUCCAACAACUAUGCCAGGUAUCUUCUAAAUCAGUUUAUAGCCUGAUAUAGUUCUCAUAUAAACCCAACUUCCUAUUAUACUUCUUGAGCCUAUAGAGAGCCCAAUUCUUAUUCGAUUUGGAUAAGAAAUGUUGUACUACGACUUCCCCUAUGAUCUUCAACAUGCGCGCCAUAUAUGAAUUUGAAUCGGUCUAUAACCUUGUAUAAAUCCCAUAUAAAGCAAUCUCAUGAUUUUACUUCCUUAACGCCUAUAGGGCUUAAUUCUUAUCUAAUUUGACUUGGACUAUGGUCUCCAACAUCUACACAAAGUGUGGCUUAAAUCGGCCCAUUACCUGUUGUAGUCCAAUUGCGAAUUUGACCAUGAACCAGCGCCAUUUUCCAUGGAGUGAGUGCUUUCAUCAAGCAGUUCAGUCGAGUCGAGUAUGCAGGUAGCCGAAUGGAGAUGGUUCGUACUUUUCUCGCCAUACGCAAAGGGGCGCAACAAGGCACACCUUUGCUGCAACGAAUAUAUAGUUGCUGCACGGAUCGAUCGUACGUCUAACACGCUGGAUGAAUGCCUUCCAUCUAUCACAACAUGAUCGAUUUGAUUUCAUAUUCUCUUUCUAGGC